GCCGCCUCCUCUCCGAUCACCCAACACUGAUCGAUAUGAAACCCGACGGCUGACUGAAAUCUCGGCAUUUAUCGCGACAUUUCCUCUUCAUCUCCUCGCAAAAAGGUGAAUCACACACGCGCUCUGAAGCCACCCCUGUUGAAAUUGUGCGCUUGCGCAGUGCCCCGCUUAAGGAAUGAUGGUGAGUUAACGAACCGCUCUCGCUGGAUCCGAACCAAACAAAACACCCACUGCCGUCCUCAUCGAACUGAGCGGGUCCGGCCCGACUCGGUGCACGGAGUCCGGGGGGAGGGGAGACGAACUCCGCACACGAAAAAAAAACGGUGAGACACAGAGCUGAGCUCAGUGCAGAACCUCGAUUUGAACCGGGUUCUGAGUCCGUGACACAGCCAGACGUUUACGUGCGGGGGUUCGGAACAACCAGGAUCCAGAUGAGGUCCAGGUUCUAUACGAUAGACUGACACAGCUCCUGAUGUCCUCACAAUUGUCUCACCUGCCAGCCCUGCUAUAGGCAGGAUCAACAUCAACAUCUGGAGGACACCCAGGAGACCUCCGGGGACAUAAAAUAACAUCUGGAGGACAUUCAGAGACGGAGAAACAUCAGUGGGACACCCAGAGACAUGGGAAACAACUGACACACAUCCAGAAACAAGGAGAUAAUUAUUAGGAGAACCUAGGAGACAGAGAAACAUCUGGAGGACAUCCAGCAUAAAAUAACAUCCGGGGGAGAUCCAGAGAUGGCAUCGGGAGACAUUCAGAGACAGAGAAACAUCUCUGGGACACCUUGGAGACUUUAAGGAAAAAAAGAAACUACAGGAGGACAUUCAGAGACAAAAAUAUCAGAAGGAGGCCUAGAAGACAUUGAGAGACGAGGCAGGACCCUUCAAGAUUCCAUGUAACUGGGACCGUCAGACAUGAACCUGCACAGGUGGACCUGUUUCCCUGUCUCAGCGGUCCUGAUUCUGGUCCUGGUCCAGAUUGUGGUCCAGGCCCGCUCUGCAUCUGCAGGAUGCUCUGAUAGGAAUUCCUUCGAGGACGCCACGGUGAAUGCUACCGUUUUGGACCGUGGGUCCGUCGUCCACGUGAUGAGUAGCGAGGACGGGACCUACGGACAGAACUCUCUUAAAAUGGAUGUGCGGGGCAUGGUCCUCACACCGGCACCACACCACGGAGUGGUGGACCGGCAGGGCUGUGAUCCAAACACUCGUUUCCUGGUUCCUUCCCGGAACGUCCACUGGGUGGCGCUGCUGCAAAGAGGUAACUGCACCUUCAGAGAGAAGAUCCUGAAGGCGGCUGCCUACAACGCCACAGCCGUCCUCGUCUACAACAACUCCACCGACAAGACCGUCAAGAUGGGUCACGAAGGUACUGGUGACAUUGUGGCUGUGAUGAUCACUGAGGCGUACGGUAAGGAGAUCCUUGCUCACCUGGAGCGCAACCUGACGGUGGUGGUCUCUCUGAGUUGCCGUAAUCCCAACAAGAACAUGAACCGCGGCUCGCUGGUCUUCGUCUCCAUCUCCUUCAUCGUGCUCAUGAUCAUCUCUUCUGCCUGGCUCAUCUUCUACUUCAUCCAGAAGAUCCGCUACAGCAGCAGCCACCACCGCAGCCAGCGUCGUCUUGGAGAUGCCGCCAAGAAAGCCAUUGGGAAGCUGACGACAAGGACGGUGAAGAAAGGGGACAAGGAAACGGAUCCAGACUUUAACCACUGCGCUGUGUGCAUUGAAGCGUACCAGCUCAACGACGUGGUCCGAAUUCUGCCAUGCAAACAUGUCUUCCAUAAAGUGUGUGUGGACCCAUGGCUGAACGAACACUGCACCUGUCCCAUGUGCAAACUCAACAUCCUUAAAGCUCUUGGGAUCAUGACCAGUCUUCCCUGUGUGGACACUGUGGUGUUGGAUGUGGAGCGUUUGGGUGUUGGUCAGACAUCUGGCAGCCAGAGGGGGCCACUGAGUGAUCACAACCAGCCGUCAAUCAGCCUGGAGCCACUUAGCCCGCCCCAUCCUGAGACCACACCUGCUGACAUCACUGUGGCCGUGACAACUGGAGGUCACUUCUUCAACAGGAACUCCAUGUCUCCUCGAAACAACAUCUGUGAGAUGGAGCUACCGGACAUCCAGGCCUCACUCAAUCUCUAUGACGACAACAAGUCCUGAGACCAGUCGUCAUGGUUACAACAACUCAUCAACAGCUGCCCCCCUAUGGAUGGACGAAGAAACUGUUAUAGACCUGGAAUGUCCUCACAUAGGGGUUUCUGUUGGGAUGUCUGAUAACAGCCGUCUGGAUUUUUGAUCGACUUUACUGACGUUUCCCAACAAUCAUUGUUCCUGGGUUCCUUUAAAGUUCCUAAAGUAUUUCUGGAUCAGCAACAAAGUUCCCAAAAAACUCCCUGAUUUCUCAAUGUUAGUGUCUGCAGACACGAAUGGGCACUGAAACGUUUGGAUUUCUUUCAGGUUCCCACAUGUUCUGAUUUCCAAAAUGUUUUGGUAAAAGUCAUUAGGACUCCCGAUAAGAUUCCCGAGGAAAAUUACUUGUGCCUGAAGAGAAUAUUUCCCUAUUUUGAGCCUUGGGCCUGAAAAUGUUCUUAGGCUGUUUUUUCUGGAUCAGUUCCUCAAAUCCUUUCUAGGUGUCCAAGCUUCUCUAAAACGUAAUCGUGGGAUCAAGAGUUCAGGAAUGUCUCUUGAACCUUUACAUGAUCAGGAGUUCUUUUGGAUACAGGUUCCUAAAAACAUUCCAAGAUACAUUCCUGAUUGAGUAACAAAGAAUUCUGGAAUGAUUUCCAGAGUUUUAAUGUUCCUUAAAAGUUUGUGGAAAGGUUCUGUACUUUUAAACAGCUUUAGUGUUCUGAGAUUCCCCCUCCUUGUACUUUUAAAGAUUCUGGAAAAGGUUCUUGUGAUUUUUCUUUUUGCUUUUUCUAGAGAAAACAGGUCAGUGUGUGUUAACUAUAAAAACCUGAAGUGAUCCAAAACAGAACCAGAGCAGGACGUAAGAACUGGAUUCCAGAACCGUUUCUGUCAUUACCAGUCCAUGUCUGGGUACUGUUAACAUAUCGUCCUGAUUGGCUGGUUGAUGAUGACCUCAUAGUUAGUUUGUUAAACAUCCCCCAGAGUCCACACUCUCCCUUUAGACCCGGGUCAGAACCUGCUCUGUCAUAACAUGGGAAUCAAAACCAGAGGACGUCCCAAAUCUGGAUCCUCUGGAACAAUGGUGUUGGAGCAGAACAUUUGAACAUCUCAUUGACCCUCCUGGGUCCAGGUUCCAUAACAUCUGGGUCUCUGAAGAGAACUUCACAGAUGUAAAGGAAUAUUACAACCUGUCAAAGACUUUAUGCUGAGGUGAUCAGAAGGACAGAUGGACCUGAUGGAUGGACCAGAUUUUGACUCCUCAGAGACUUUUCUGCUGACAGGACGAACAGUUUGGACAUUUUUGUCUAUGUCAGCUCAGGAAACCUUCAGGACGUCUUGGUGUUGAUCCAGCCGGCUUCUGAAGCUCUGCUGAAGCUCUGAACUCCAAAAAAACAUAUUCCUUCAUUUUCUAAAAUGUUUCCGGUGUUCAAGGAGGGAAUCAGAAUAAGGUGGUCUCCGAAGUCCCCCUAAGUGAAGGACUGCUGCUUUAAAGUGUAUCCAGAAUUACUCAACGUGUAAUAAUAUUAAUAAUAAUAAUCAGUAUAUAAACAACUUUAAACAAUCUAUAAUCUGACUGAUUCAUCAGUAAUAAGUGACCUGAAGAUGCCACAUCUGCCCACGUCUGUCUGUCUGAUUUUCUGUCAGCAUCUCUGUCCACAUCUGCCUGUGUCUGAUGAUGAUGAUGAUGAUGAUGAUGAUGAUGGGGGGGGGGGGCUGUGUGUCUUUACUGCCGCAGCAUCAUGUCUGAUUAAAUGUCAUUAAAGCGUCUGCUGCAUUAACUCUG